AUGCUAAAGAGGCCAAAUAAGGAUGAAACUGAAGAAGAUCUUCUUAAAUAUCAAGAGACUUUCUUACGAAAUCAAUCAGCAUCGUCUGUAAAAGUCGUCAAGCAAUCAGAAUCGCAAUCAGCGCAACGAGAUGUUGUCCAGCUAUUCUCCACACCUCCAGAUCAUUCAGCACAGGGCGAUAUUUCCGGUCCUUCGACUUUUCCUAUAAGGGAAAGUAAAUUUGUAGCUGGAAAACGUAAAAAUAAGAACGAAGAUAAUAUUGACCCUGAUCGUCGAUUAGAUGGUGAAAAUUGCGAAUUGAUUAAUCAAACUCCUACUUUAUUUUUCUCGAGGAUUAAUUUCUACUAUGACAAGAAACAUCAUUUUACUACUGCAUUUACGGAUGCUAUCAAGGAAAAAGAUACUACUAGUAUCCCUAUAAAGCUUCCGAAUCAAAGUAACCAAGCGUUUCCUUCUGUAUUGCAUCGACAUACGCGUACUUUCGCAAAUGAAAGAAAGCCUAGUAGCGAUGCAAAGGCCGGGGGUAGCUUAUUUGCUAGACAAUUUAUGGCUUCAACUACCAAGGCAGUCGGAGUUGAUGAUGAUACGAUAAAAGUAACGGUAGUUGCAAGUUCUAAAACUGACACUCCAAUAGCAGCAAUUAGUAAAUUAAUUACUGGGGAAGGUCUACAAAGCAAUGAAGCCAUUGAUGUACAAGCUGAAGUUAAAAGAAUUCACGAAGAUAAUUUACACAAGAUGUCAGCCAUGACCAAAGAUGAUAUUCUUGCAGAGCAAUCGAAAUUAAUGACGUCAAUGGGUAAAAGCUAUUUAAAAUAA